AUGAGGCAGCUCAAAUAUCAUGAGCAGAAGCUGCUCAAAAAGCAUGACUUCCUCGAUUGGAAGCAGGAUGCUGGCAUGCGCGAAGUCAAAGUGAUGCGACGCUACCAUAUUCAGGAUCGCGACGAUUAUCACAAGUACAACAAGCUGGUCGGCAAGCUUCGACAUCUCGCCCUGCGACUCUCCACCCUCCCCGUAGCUGAUCCGUUUCGAGGCAAGCACGAACAGGGCAUGCUCGCCAAGCUGUACGACAUGGGACUACUCGACACGGGUGCAAAGAUGUCGGAUAUCACCAACAAGCUCAACGUCUCGGCAUUUUGCAGACGCAGGUUGCCUGUAGUGAUGGUGAGGCUCAAGAUGUCGGAAACCGUGGGUCAGGCAGUCAAGUAUGUCGAGCAGGGGCAUGUAAGGGUGGGUCCGGAUACAAUCAGCGAUCCGGCGUUUAUGGUGACAAGGAACAUGGAAGACUUUGUCACCUGGGUCGACACGAGCAAGAUCAAGAGGACGAUUGCGAGGUACAACGACGAGCUGGAUGACUUUGACUUGCUGUAG